CCCAUUAAUAUAACAAAAAAAGUUAAUGGAUAAGGAAGAACAACACUUUAAUGGUUCAUUCUCAACUCCAUUUUCUCACCAUUUGAAUUACAAUAAUCUUCUCAAUCAUCAUCAAUAUCUCUCAACUCCUCUUUCUCCAAAUCACAAGCUUCACCAUUGCACACCACAAACUCAACACCAGGAAGAAGAGUUAAUGGAAAGUCUCAUGAAGUUGCCUGCAAUUGGAUUAAAGCUUCAAAUUUCACCCUCUUUGUUAAAACAAAUGCAAAGAAGCACACUAUCCAAAAGGAAGAGGAUCAUAAAUAAUGCAAGAACAGAUCAUCAUGAUGGUGAAAGGUUAAAGGCCUCCAUUUUAGGUGCAUUGAUGCUUCAAAUUGGGUCUUGGCAGUUAGUGGCUAAAAAUGAAGGUGACUUGGUUGCAAAAUUCUAUUUUGCAAAGAGGCAGCUUGUGUGGGAGAUUUUGAGAAAUGGGCUGAAACAAAAAAUUGAAAUUGAAUGGUCAAACAUCAUAGGCAUCCAAGCUUUUCUUGAAGAAGACAAACCAGGAAUCUUGGAAGUAGAGUUAAACCAUCCGCCGAAGUUUUAUAAGGAGAUCGAACCUGAGCCACGGAAACACACGCAAUGGACAGAUGGAUCGGAUUUUACAGAAGGUCAAGCUUAUGUAAAUAGGAGGCAUUGCAUUGUGUUUCCUCCAAAAGUGUUGGAUAAACACUAUGAGAAACUAAAAGAUAAGGAUAAGCAUUUGUUUGAGCUGAGCCGAAGGCCAUUCCCAACUUUACAUUUCUCCUAUUUCUCUUCAGAAGUUGCUUUCAAUAAUCAAAUUUCUUCUAUUAUUCAAUUUGAGGAUAUAAUGUUCAACCAAAUCCCUUCUUUUCCACCCCAUCUUUCAGCUAAUGAAAUUCACAGCCUAACUUCACCAAAAUCAGUUGUUGAUUACAAUACACCACAUUUCAAUGAGAUCAUAACCCAUCAAGACGAAAGAAUGGAGGUGUUGAACAAAGGAAACAGCAUGAGAAGAUAUGAAGCUGAAGCAUCAUCAACCAAUUAUUACAAUAAUCAUGGGCUUGACAAUGCAAAUCCAAUGGCUUCUAUGUUUUGGUUGGGACAAAAUGGUGAAGCAGCUGCUGCAACUAAUUAUUUGAGUCACCAACAAAACAAGAGUUACUACGAUGAUAACAUUGAGUACUGUUUCAAUGGAAGUGUUAUGGACAUGAGAACCCCUCAGCUUCCAAGUGGCCACUUUUUUUAGUAAUCACUCUAAACGUAACUUAAAUGUACUCUAAAACCUUCGAAAUUAAAUGAAUGAAGAAUUGUCUAUUACAUA